AGGGAAUUGAUUACUUUGGGCUGCAUUUUUCACUGGGUAACCUGCAGGAAACAGGAGUGCUGCAGGACUUGCUGGCAGGAAAAUGAAGAAGGUGCCGUUUCUCCUGCUGGCUGUAGCAUUUGUGCAUGCUCUAGAGAGAGGACGAGAUUAUGAGAAGGAUAAAGUCUGUAAGGAACUCACCAGUCUGGGAAAAGAUGACUUCACAUCUUUAUCAAUGGUCCUAUACAGCAGAAAAUUUCCGAGUGGCACAUUUGAACAGAUCAGUCAUCUUGUGAAGGAAGUUGUCUCCUUGACAGAAGCCUGCUGUGCUGACGGGGCUGACCCUGACUGCUAUGAUGACAGGACCUCAGCAUUGUCUGCUAGGUCCUGUGAAAGUGACUCUCCAUUCCCCGAGCACCCAGGAACCUCUGAGUGCUGUACCAAAGAGGGCCUCGAAAAGAAACUCUGUAUGGCUGCCCUGAAGCACCAGCCACAAGAAUUUCCAACCUACAUAGAGCCAAGUAAUGAUGAAAUCUGUGAGGCAUUCAGGAAAGAUCCCAAGGGAUUUGCUGACGAAUUUAUGUAUGAAUAUUCCAUUAAUUAUGGCCAAGCUCCUCUGUCGCUUUUAGUCAGUUACACCAAGAGUUACCUGUCUAUGGUAGGGUCCUGUUGUACUUCACAAAACCCAACCAUAUGCUUUUUGAAAGAGAGACUCCAGAUUAAACAUUUAUCACUUCUCACCACUAUGUCAAAUAGAAUCUGUUCACAAUAUGUGGCUUAUGGAAAGGAGAAAUCAAGGCUCAGCCAUCUCAUAAAAUUAUCCCAAAAAGCACCUAGUGCUAAUCUGGAGGAUGUUUUGCCACUAGCUGAAGAUGUUACUGCAAUCCUCUCCAAGUGCUGUGAGUCGCCCUCUGAGGACUGCAUGGCCAAGGAGCUGCCUGAACACACAGUAAAAAUCUGUGACAACUUAUCCACAAAGAAUACUAAGUUCAAAGACUGUUGUCAGGAGAAAACACCCAUGGACAUUUUUAUGUGCGCUUACUUCACACCAGCUGCUCAGCCACUUGAGCUGCCGGAAGUUGAGCUGCCCACAAGUAAACAUGUGUGUGGUAAAGAAAACACCGAAGCCAUGGAUAAGUAUACAUUUGAACUAAGUAGGAGGACUCAUGUUCCAGAAGUCUUUCUCAGUAAAAUACUUGAGCAAACCUCGAAAAACCUUCAAGAAUGCUGUGACUCUGAAGAUUCUACUGCCUGUUUUAAUGCUAAGGUCCCUCAACUGAAGAAGGAGCUAUCUUCUUUCAUUGACAAGGGACGAGAACUCUGUGCAGAUUAUUCAGAAAACACAUUUACUGAGUAUAAGAAAAAACUAGCAGAACGAUUAAGAACAAAAUUUCCUGACGCCACAGACACAGAACUCGAAGAGCUGGUUGGCAGGCGCUCAGACUUUGCCUCCAAGUGCUGUUCCAUAAACUCACCUCCCCUCUACUGUGAUUCUGAGAUUGAUGCUGAAAUGAAAAGUACCCUGCAGUCUUGAUGCAUGUGUAUUGUGUUAGACCUAGAGCUGGAACCACCCUGGGAAUGACAUCUGAUGGCCAAACCUAGGCAAAACCAGAGCUCCUGAGGAAACAUCUAAGAUACUCCCUGCUUUUUAUCAGCUACAGUAUCUUCAUACAGUGAUAAGUGUGAUGAUUUGCUAUCAAAAUAAAUUGAAAUAUAAUGCAAACCAUAAA